AUGAACGACGAGCGCUAUAACAAGGACAAACACAAGACAAAUAAGCAGACCAUCGCUUUACCAAACAACAACAACAAUCUGCUCGUAUCCACUUCGGUGGCUCUCGUCAAGACGCAAUUAUACGAAUGCUGGCUACAAGUAUACGGGCCGUUAUUCUGGAUUGUGUCAGCAAUGCUGUGCUUGUGCUCCACUACAACUAGAACUAUUACUACCGCAACCGAGGCCAACUGUAAUCGUAGCAGUCGCCGUAGCAGUAAUUCUAGUACAUCAACAGCCCUACGCUCUUCUGAAGCACGGCGACGCAGCUCACACCAGCAGCAGCAGGAUUUCGUCAAAGCCGUUACGCCUAAAUUAAAUGUGCCAGCAUCAGCUCCGCAACCCAAAAAGUCCCUCAGACGAUCCUUGAAGCUUCACAUGCAGUCCCUCAAGCAUUCGUUAAACGAAGUUGUCAUGCGCACCGCACGUCUCAGGCGAAGCAACAAGAGACGCACGAGUGCUGCUUGCUCUUUUGCUACCUCCAGUACUGGUACUACUGACGAGCCAUCACCUGUGCACCCGCUAGAUGCGGACACACAGCAACAGCAACAGCAACAGCAACAACGGUCAACGAGAAGGAGGAGAAAGUCGUUCGCAGGCUACUAUUCAAGCCAUCCAAUUUUCAACCCUUUUCGGCGCAAGACGGCACCUGAGCUUGUCGACUGCAGUAUUGAUGAUAAUAACAAUAGUAACAGUUGUGGUAUCGCAACCAAAGAACCACAACUCUAAUUAACUUUCACCUCCCCCUCCCCACGUGCUGUAGAUCUACAUAAUGUCGGUUUUUCUUUCUACCCCUUCCACACUGCUCUUCACGCUAUUGGUACAAUCCCCCUCCAAAUCCAUACCCAAACCUUCAUUCUUAUUAAUGGCGACAACAAUAAUGAUGUUGAACCCAAAAAAAAAGACUAGAUCCAUACACGUGUUUGUAUUAUUCUUCGUAAAGAACGAUGAUGGUUCUUAUCUCUUUGGCGGCG